AAUAUCCUGUCGUUGCCUGUCAUCAGUAGUCAACUGACAUGAUUGAUAUUGUGCAGCUCUGGCAUUAAGUUGCCCAGUCAAACCACAGCGGUAAGCGUUCAAAACAUAUUGACACAAAAUAUUAUUUUGUCAAGGACCUUCAUGAGCGCAGAUAUUUUAACCAACCCGCUGAGCCCGAAUUUGAUUUCCACAUGCCCAGACGGUCCUGAAAAACCGCCAAUUGGCGUACAACUCUAACAUUCCAGUCCAGACCGACCGGCUGCAUGUCGGGAGAGCAAGAGAGCAUUUUUUUCCAAACAAAGUUUUCCCGCCAGGUGGGUGUGAACGCGAUGCCUCCAGACUGUUCAGUAGGUGUUGGGCGGCGAGCUUGAACGGAUGAGUUCCUAUCGUCGCUGAUUCGUGAUAGAAUUUUUGUCAGAUGAAUAAGGAUACGGAAGAGCUUUCGCCGACUGCGCGGCAUUGACGGACUGCGUUGGAUAUACAGUUGAACGACGGCUGGCAGACGGUUCAGUAGCAUUCGUGCAGCGUUUGGGAGAACAUCGGAUUCGACGGAGCCGGUGUUAUUGGUCGCCAACACCGAGGAGUGUGAAGUUGAGAUCCUUGUUGUUCGGGAGUUAAGCCAUAAGGAUGUGGAUUUUGUAAAAGGUGUUGGUCGAAGAAGUGGUACCGCCAAUGGUGAAGUACGAUGUGGUACCUGGAAUAAUGUGUUUGGGGGAAGGUGGCAUGGCAGCUUGUGUGAAACAGUUCACUUGAUUAUACACGUUGUGCCCAGGGGGAACCCGUUUAUUUGUGGUCGAUUUGUGAGGCUUACCUUGUAUGGAGGGUGUGUUUUACCUGUUGCAUAUGGAUGAAUAUGUCAAGUGCGAAUGUGAAGAAAAUACGUGAAUCAAAGUGUUUUCAAAGAAUCCUUGCGAUGAGUGUGGUGUACACUUCUGGUUCGGCGAAUAAAUAGAGGAGGAGGCGUAAUGUAUGGAACAUUGGCGGAAACAUGUGAUUUAUAGCGGGUUGAAGUGUUCUUUUAUGUUUUAUGGUGUUUUCGUGUUCACGUUAUUGUAAGCUGUGCAGAAGCGAGAAGCGCAAAAAAAAACCAAAGCGUAACUGUAGGAUUAGGUGAUUUAUGUCAGUGUAAACGAAUAAAAUGACGAAGAUGGUGAAUGAUAGUUACAGUUCACUGAUGGUGGCAGCAUCCGCUGCUUCCGACGGUCAUUUCAAUACCACCGUCAUGUCGACCACUACCAUGAUGCCGUCCGGGUAUCCUCCGGAAGAUGAUGGUGAAUUUGAGGAGAUGGUUUCCCGUAUCGUGGCUAUCUUUUUCGGACUGAUCGGAAUUACUGGUUUGCUGGGUAAUGCCUUGGUGGUGCUAGUUGUACUUUCAAAUCCUUUGAUGAGAUCAACGACAAAUCUACUAAUCAUCAAUUUGGCCGUAGCGGACCUGUUGUUUGUAAUCUUCUGCAUACCAUUCACGGCGACUGACUAUGUAGUUUCAUCGUGGCCAUUCGGAGACCUCUGGUGCAAAAGUGUUCAGUAUUUGAUAGUGGUAACGGCACAUGCCAGUAUCUACACUUUAGUGUUGAUGUCUCUGGAUCGAUUUUUGGCGGUGGUGCACCCGAUAGCUAGCAUGGUGAUAAGAACGGAGAAGAACACACUGUGGGCCAUCACCAUCCUGUGGGUACUUAUCAUCACGACGGCGCUGCCAGUUCUAUUCGCUCAUGGAAUAAAUAGAAUCGCAUACAAAGACGAGGUUCUCGAGUCGUGUUCCUUCCUCGAGAACGGUCAGUUUUCCCGUGCUGCCUUCCACAUCGCGUUCUUCUCCAGCUCCUACGUGGUGCCGCUGGUGCUGAUAAGCGUUCUCUACAUGUGCAUGCUGUCGAGACUGUGGCGAAGUUCCGUCGGUGGACGAUCCGCCGAGUCCAAGAAGAGCAAAAAACGUGUGACCCGCCUGGUGGUGGUCGUCGUGGCUGCCUUCGCUUCACUAUGGUUUCCUAUACAGGUGAUACUGGUGCUAAAGAGUGUCGGAGUGUUUGUACCGGAUACGUCCUUCAAGAUAUCGCUGCAAAUCAUAUCCCACGUGCUGGCGUACACGAGUUCCUGCAUCAACCCGCUGCUGUACGCGUUUUUGUCGGAAAAUUUUCGGAAAGCGUUUCGAAAGAUUGUUUACUGCGGUCCGGGAAGCCGGCGGCACGGUAGCACUCGCCACAUGCCGCUUCCGACAAAAACGACUCGCACCGGUAGCUGCCAGGGCCAGGACAUUUUAUAACCGGAAAUGGAGCAAACGUCCGUCGCAUACUUGUAAGAGGUCCAUCCAUCACUGUCAUCAUCGUCAUCACCGUAUCAUCGCCAUCAUCCUUGCCAUCAUCGUGGUUACAACCUGCUGCGUCAUGGACGUCCACUGUAACUAUUGGCAUUUUUAUCCGUCAAUCAGGCUGGACGGGUCCCCACAGCCGAACCGCAUCGAGGGAAUAAAUUGCAAAACACCAC